CUACCGGCACAUGACAUGAUUAGGAAGAGAUGGAUGGGUGAUCAACUUUUCAAGCGAAGCAAAAGCGUCCCCUUUGCACACUUUUAUCUCAAGUCUCAACUGAAAAGAAGAAAAGAGAGCAUCAGAUCAAUCCAUGUCCUUGCUGCUACUGAUCCCUCACUGCAAAGCUUAGUGCUUCAUUUUAAGUGAUGGCGGGAGAAUUUCAGGAACCAUUUAGCCUCAGCAACUGCAUUAGCUUUGAGGUAGAUUCUCUGCACUCUGGGUCCAUAUCCUUUGGAAGAUUUGAGAGAGAAGACUUGUCUUGGGAGAGAAGAUCGUCUUUUUCUCACAAUAGGUAUCUUGAAGAGGUUGAAAAAUGCUCAAAACCAGGUUCUGUAAUCCAGAAGAAAGCUUAUUUUGAAGCCCAUUUCAAGAAGAAGGGUAUUCUGCGUCCGGAUUCACUUGAUGGCCUGAGUGGGAGGGGAUGCCAGAACUGCGAAGAUGACGAGUACGGAAAUUUGGGUCAAGGAGAAGAAGAUGAUGAUAUGAACGGAAGUUGCAAUUAUUCUCACCGUGAGGAUGAUGUGCUGGAAAGUGUGGACUGUGACGAAUUUGAUUAUGGAAAUCAAGGAGAUCAGUUUGAUCAUGUAAAUGAUGAGAGUCAUCGUGCUUGCUUUGAUGAGAGCCCUGAGGAUCCGGAUUAUCAUGGACAAUUAGAGGUCAUUGAAUGUGAAAGAGAGGAUCGUAUUGUUCUGUCUUCUGAAUCUCCAGUGGAAGCUGCUUUGGAUGAUGCUAAUGUUUCGGUCAAAGGUGUGGGUGAAUAUGUUAAACCUGAGGAAGCACAUCAAAUUGAAACUGGACUUGACGAGUCGCAUCUCAAUAAUGACAAACAAGAGAUGGAAAUGAAAGAUAACAUUAAUGAUAAUGUUGCUAAAAUAGAUGAAUCAUCUGUGACAAUUGUUCUGUCCCCAAAAAGUGGAACUGCCAAGGAUCUUGACAACACUAGUCCAGUGCAUCAACAAAAUCUUUCUCCAAAGCUGAGAGAUUAUGUGGAAAGUAAAUCCACGAACCCCAGAAUGAGGUCUCCGAUUAAUGGCAGUCAAUUCCAGAAGAUCCUUAACAACGUGUCAAAAACUACUGCAAAAACUCAGAAUAGAGGAGAAGGAGAAACACCACAAAGAGCAAAAUCAGAAAAGCAGUCAUCACGAGCUACCACUCCUACUAGACGUGUGUUGCAUAGAGCUAAAAAUGAAGAGAAUUCUGAAAGUGGCAAUUUAAGGUUACAUCUUGUGAAUAGAAGUGAAAGGGCAUCAAGAGUAAAUAAAUUUGAAUCUCCACCAUCUAGAUCAAAAAAAGUUGAACCUAUGUCUCAUCUAAGAGCGAACAGAAAUAAGCAGAUUGUUAAUUCAAUAAAGCCAGACACAAUGCCAUGCGCUGCAGCCUUCAGUUUCAAAAGUGAUGAAAGAGCAGAAAGGCGAAAAGAGUUCUAUAUGAAGUUGGAAGAAAAAUUGCAUGCUAAGGAGGCAGAAAUGAAUCAGAUUCAAGCAAAAACACAAGAACAGAAGAAGGCUGAAAUUAAAAAAUUCAGGGAAAGACUUAAUUUUAAAGCUGCACCCAUGCCUUCAUUCUAUCGUGUUGCUGUAUCACCAGGCUCUGAUGGGAACAAGGCUUCACCAUCUAAAAACAAACCAGCUAAAGUACAACACAGGUCAACAAGUCCAGGGAGUGGAGCUGCUGCUAGAUCACAAUUACUUUCAAGGACUGGAAAUGACCAAGUCGUCACUGCUAAUGAAUCUGUAAAACCUACUAACCAGCGGGAUCCCUCAGGAAGGACUGAUCAUCAGGCAAGAAAUGUUUCUGGGGCUCGUGAAACUAAACCAACCAACAAUAAUAGGCGCAAGCCAGAAGCUGUAACUAAAAUUGGUGUCACUGGUAAGAAUGAAAGAGGGAAGGUGAAGGAUGCUAGUUUGCAAAGGCAUCAAGUAUCAGAAAAUACCAGAGUAUCAAAAGACCUGAAGGUUGAAGGGAAAGCAAAAACGAGAAGCCACAGAAGUAACAGCGAGAUGUUGAGGAAAAGUAUAAAACACAUUGAAAUUGGAAGCAAUACUGGAAAGGGUAAUCUAGCUGUUGGUGUAGCCAUCCUGAAUUGAGUGAUUUUUUAUAUUUUCCAAAUAUACGACACAGUCGUCUAUCAUGAUAUUGUUAGCCUGUUUGAUACCAUGAAUUUGAAUACAAGUCCAAUGAAGCGAAGGUCAAA